AUUUUGAUGUUCCUGCACGGGCCAGGACAAAGGCUCUGCGCACGGUGCUCCCCUGACCUCACCCUGCCUUGUUACCUUCUCCUCCUCCCUCGCCAGCUCAGCUACAACUCUCUCUCUCUCUCUCUCUCUCUCUCUCUCUCUCUCUCUCUCUCUCUCUCUCUCUCUCUGUUGGAUUGUCAAGGCUUGAAAAGAUCCAGGCCGUCCGUUCUUUUCAGAUCCAACGGCUGCUGUGUUUCACUCAUUGUUAGCUAAGGGCAGUGAUGUAAUUUGCUUUGAUUUUCUGGUGCUGUAAAUGAAUAAUAAAAACACAGGAGGGGGCGGGGGUUCCUGCAACACUUCAGUUUUUCAGCUUCUUGGAAGAAAGAAAAAGUGCAGCGGAGCCGCGUCGUCUUCCCUGGCAGAGCAGCGAGUCUUCUUCUUCACCCCGAGCGCAGGACAGACGUCUUCACUCUUUCUCCGAAACUCUCCAUUUUCUCUCUGCCACCAGCCGCCACGCAGAGCAGCUCCCCCAUUCUCUCCAUCUCUCCCGCUGCUAAACUCCCUCUGCCUCAAAGCCACCAUCAAUACCCUCACCCAAACCUCCAGCGACCAGCCUCUUUCCAUCUUCACUAGAUCCACCGCAAUCCUCACAUCUCCAACUGGCCGAACUUUCACCUUAAGCUUCCCACGGAUCUGCAGAAGCUCCAUUCCUCACCUCAUAGCCAUCUCCCUCGUCAGACCCUCCGAACUCUCGCAGCUCUAUCCACAGAGCGGCUCACCCGAACCACCUUCGGCAUCGCCACCGUCACCUCUGGCAACACCCACAAUCUCGACCAUUUGUCCAAGGGGAUUCGGAGUUUAAGCAGUGAAUCGGCUGGAGACGUUGCUGUUCGUUCUGGUGUUCUGUUUGGCUCUUCGUUGGAGUAUUCUGUGUCUCUUAGGGCAUUUUGAAUUCUUGGUAAAUUGAUCAAUGAACGAUCCGAUGUCUCUGUGUUGAAUCCAAAAGAUAAUCUGUUUUCUAUCUGACAUAAUAAUCUGUGGGUCUCUCGUCAUCUUUAAGAUGCAGAAUGUAUCAGACUCUUCCUCGACCCACAUUUUAGAGAGGGAGAUUCAGAAUGUAUCAGGCUCUUCCCCGACCCACAUUUUAGAGAGGGAGGAUGAGAUUGUCUCCCUAGAGUCAUCUACGCAUGUUGUUCAUGGCUCAAAUGGCAGACGUUCCGGGGUUGAGUUACUAUGGCAUACUAUCCAAUGGGGGCUUGUAUUUGCUUGUAGCGGGUUGUUACUUGGCUACUCCUUUACCAUUCCAGUUGGAGUUCUUGCCAUGGAUAAUUUUAUGUAUAUUUUUUUUCCAAAAAUAUUUUACAAGCUUACACAUGCUAGGGAGGACAACUUCUGCUCCUACGGCAACCAGUGGCUAAGUCUGUCACUUUCCGUACAGUACUUAGCAGCGAUGGCCAUGUUGCCUAUAGCACCAAUGGCACAUCAGAGGCUUAGCCGACGCUGGAUAAUUUUUAGCCCCACACUGGUAUUAUUCAUGGGAGUUGUCAUCAGUGUUCUUUUACCGAACACUUUUGCAUUAUUUUGCGGCAGAAUUCUGAUGGGGUUUGGAGCCGGAGUACUCUAUCAGGUGAUUCCUAUGAACAUUUUUGAGAUUGAGUCAGUUCCACUCAAGAAAAACAUGGGGCUUGUAAACCAAUUUGGCAUAAUGGCUGGGAACCUGCUAGGAUGUGUAGUAAAUUACUACACAUCACAAUAUCCUGAUUGGGAUUGGAUGGGGUCAUUUGGCAGCAUUGCGAUUUUCAACGUCCCAUUGCUCGUUUUGUCUUUGUUUCUUGCAGAUGGUUCUUUUAUAUUCAGAAAGGAAAGAAAUCAACAUACAAGGUAUAAAGAAAUAUUUCAAUGUCUUAGUGGCCGAAAGCUAAUUCAGGCCCUAGCUGCACAAGGGCUCCCACACGCAGUUGGGAUGGAUACACUGAGCUCGUACAUGCCGGUCAUGUUAGAGGGCAUCGGUGUUUCCUCCCAAGAGUCAUAUCUAGCGGCCAUGAUCCUCGCUGGCGUUAGUAUGUUAUGUUCAAUUGUAGCAAGUGUGCUGCGAAGAACAUGUGGGGGACGAGGAAGACUUUUAUUCUCCAUCAUGCUAUCAUUUAUCAUCCUUCUGCAGUUGUCCAUCUUGGUUGCUGUUUUGGUUAUAUUGAAUAAGUUCCGCAUCCCUAAUCCAACGGGCGCAGGUGUCCUUGCGGCAUUCAUGCUUCUUCUUGCGGCUGGUUCAGCGAUCAUAACAGCACCUGAAGGAUGCCUUGCUGUUGAUUUCUCUGAAGAAUCCAAUACCAUUGGCACAAUAAUAUCUAAUUUUACUAGUUUCUUUUUUUAUGUUGUAGUUACUCACGUAUUUUUUUUAAUGUUAUGCUCUUGGAGAGCACUUGUAUUUAUUUUCUUCUUCUUUUUGACAACUAUUGUAGGUGUCAUUUUUUGGUAUUUUCAAGAUUGGCAUAUGUAAAAAAAUUCAAUUGUAGUGAGUUUGAUGGGAAAAAAGUUUAGUGCUUGCUUCAA